AUGGAGGAACCCACUCCUGAGCCAGUCUAUGUGGAUGUGGACAAGGGGCUGACCUUGGCUUGCUUCGUUUUCCUCUGCCUGUUCCUCAUAGUCAUGAUCAUCCGCUGUGCCAAAGUCAUCAUGGACCCCUACAGUGCCAUCCCCACAUCCACCUGGGAGGAGCAGCACCUGGAUGAUUGA